GCGAGCGUGAGCCGAUCGUGUGGGACGGCGCGCGGCGACGCUUGGCGCCGGCGUGCCCCUCUAUGUGCGCGGCUUUCGGCGUGCGGUAAUUGUAGUAUAUAAACGGGGCACUGUUUAACGGCAACAGUCCGUCGCGACGCUACUCGUUGAAGUUCAACAGAGUAUUUCGAAAAACAAUAAGUAUUCCCAUAACAAAAAUAUUGCUCUUUUAUCACAUAAUUGAACGAUAAACACGUCAUUUUUCGAUCAUCACCGGCAGGCAAUUUACCUGGCUCCCAAGCUCUUCCCACCACAACCAGUCAAACACUCGAGAGACAAAAAACAAGCGAGGAGAAAAUAAAAUUCAGUAAUUUCAGCGUAGAAAAAUUGAUAUAAAAACCCCACACACACUCAUCGUCUAAAUAAACCAAUCGUGCUGCCCACCUUUAAACACCCAACUUCCGGUCGUUGUGUUUUCCGCAUUCGCAUCACAAACGAUCCGAAGCGUCGAACAUGAAGUGGUCCGGCUUCUGCCUGCUGGCAACGCUCGCAGUGCUCUGCUUGCUGGAUGGUCAUAAAACGAGCGCGGCGCCGAGUCCACGCACCGACGACCUGCUGAAGACGCUGCAGGAUCUGGAGCAAAUUUAUUCCUCCAUGGCCAGACCGAGUGUGAGAAGCGGGUCCGUAAUUGAGCCCGAAAUGAGCAAGAAGGUGCAGCGAGCCAUGAAGAUGAUCGAAAUGCAACGCCUGGAGCGGUUGUACGCGCAUCGGGCGCGCCCCAGAUUCGGAAAGCGUGACCGAUUGAUUAAUAACAAUGGCAUAUAUCGCAGUGCGGAGUCAGAUUAUGCGGACGAUCAGUCAAACGAUGAUGGGCAUGUUCCAGUUGCCGAUGGGAUGGGUAGCGACGCGGAGAUGAGAUCUGUCAGCGAACGAAUCCGAGAGAGGGAUGAUGCAUCCCCGUCGACAAUGCGACACAGGCAACUGCAAAAGUUACCGCUCCUAUACCAUUACCAAUUAAAUUAAAUUAAAUUGAAUUCAUUACGUAUUGAAUCAGCAAAAAGUACCAGCAAAUAUUUAAACAUCAUUUUCCUCCCAUUUAUCGAUAUAAAUCAAAUUUAUUUUCUUUAAAAAAAUCAAUGAUAACAAAUAUAUAGAUUAAAAAUAUAUAUAAAAAUAGAUGGCUUAGUCGGCAACAUAUUUUCAAGCUUUUACUUUAGAUAAUUCUAAGAUUUACUAAUUCUCGUGCAUAAGUAGACAAUCACACCAAUUACCAACUGUUUUUAUUGUUAAUUUUUAUAUUCUUAUCCUAGUCAACUUGUUGGUCACAUUUUUUGCUUUUUUUUGUUUAUAUUGAGUUGCAGUUUUUGAAAAAAUAGAAAAAUGUAAAAGUAAUUAUCCACAAUGACAUUGUAGUUACUUGGUGUGAUAAAUGUUUCGAAAACAUCCUUUAUCUCUGUAUCUGUAACCUAGAACAACUUCAUAGUUAAAAUAAAAUGCUUACAUUGA